AUGAGACACUUCACUCCCCAUGUCUCGUCAUCGCAUGGUUCCGAUUCUUCCAAUGCAACCCAAUACACGCCAAACACUGGCUUCUACUACCCGUAUGGCGGGUCAGUUAACGAGAUGCAUAGUACCGCUCUCCCAUACGCACAUUCGCCUGGUGUGGGUGCUGGAGUCGUGCAUCACGCGUUCCAAACGGGACAAAAUGGUUAUUUACCCCCUCCAGGAGCCGAUGUCUCCUGUGCCACUUAUGGUGGUCCAUACUCACUGCCAACUGCGGCUGCUCAUCCCCCACAAGACCCAUCCACGACCCCCCUGUACCACCAACCUAUUUCUUUUCCAGGAGCCGCAAACUCUUACGCUGCCUUCAUACCGCACCAAGGAUACCUCCACCAGCAUGAUGGGCCUGUGCCCGCAACGGGCUCUGCUUUUUCGUCUCUCCCUCAAGCACCACGUAUCAGUCAGAAGCACGUCGUGGAACAUCUCCAUUACCACGACGUCAAGCAAGCCAAAAUAGCUCCCGGCGGAAUGAAGAACGACCCGUUAUUUACCCCCGUGUUAGAUCAACUUGGUCAACCAAACGGGACAUUCGUGUGUUCCAAGGACGGCAUGGUGCUCAAUCCUGGAAGCUAUCUCAAGCACAUCAAGACGAAAAAGCACCUGGGCUUCAAACUAGAGAAAUUCAAGUGCUCUGGUUGUUCCAAAACGUAUACGAGACGCGAUGCCUGCAAGAGGCACUAUGUCAAUGGCAAGUGUGGACAGUCGACAACUGUGGGCGCUCUGCCGUCAUACUCAACCAAUCAAAACUCCACAAAUUCUGCUUCUGCUGCACCUGCAAUAGCACCUACCACUGCACUCGCUUCUUCUCACCUGUACCCCAUGUUCGCCACAUCGAUGUCCCAGAACGUGGAGGUCGCACCCCCAGCAGCUUAUAUCUCGCAGUCCUGUGGCACGCCCAGUUUUGCGAAUCCUGCAGUUUUCUCUCGAUUGCCAGAGAAUGUCAUGGUCACAGGGCCCGCCAAAGACGACGAUAACGACGACAUUGAUUUUUGGGAGGCUAAUGAAAUAAAGGACGGCCAUGAGAUGUAG